AACAACUAAACUUACUCCCAUGUCACCCUCCCCACUUGGCCUGCCGUUACGUGCCAUGGCAAAGCAUGCAUGUGUUAGAGUCCGGAGUACCCUGGCUGGUACGCCCCUGAAGGACCGACUGCCAUUCUCCUGAAUAUAUUUCUUCUCGUGUCUCCCUCCUCUUCCCUCCUUCUCCCUCCCCAUCUCCUUCUGGCAGACACAUCACCAUGACAGCUGAGUUCGAAUUGACCAACGGGCCUCUCGAUGGCAAGGGGCCUGGCAACUCCACUUCCCGGGUCCACGACCAGGAGGAACUGGGCCGCGUGGGUAAAAAGGAGAUCCUCAAGCGUCGGUUCGGAUUUCUGUCCAUCCUGGGCUUCAGUUGUACGAUUCUCGCCACAUGGGAGGGUCUGUUGUCCACGUUCACGGUCCCUUUAGAAAAUGGUGGAUCUGCGGGUACUGUGUAUGGCUUCAUUGUCGUCUGGGCGGGAACGAUUUCGACUCUCACAACUUUGGCGGAGAUGGUCUCGAUGGCUCCCACGUCCGGUGGUCAAUAUCACUGGGUCUCUAUGAUGUCGCCGAAGAGGUGUCAGAAGUACCUCAGUUACCUCACUGGAUGGCUCAUCGUGAUCGGCUGGUUGAGUGCCUUUGUAUCGACUGCCUUCCUCGUUGCCACUCAGAUCCAAGGCCUGAUUAUUCUCAACCACCCGACCUUCGAUGCGACCCAAUGGCAAGCAGUGCUCCUUUACUGGGCCACGAUUGCCUUCGCCGUCUUUUUCAACAUCGUCAUCAGCACACAUCUGCCCAAGGUUGAGAGUUUUGUGUUGAUCUUGCAUAUUAUCGGCUUCUUUGCUAUCAUCAUCCCGCUGGUUUGCCUGGGCGAGAAGAACUCGACUCACGAAGUCUUCACCACCUUCACUAAUGACGGAGGCUUUUCCAGCAUGGGAGUGUCCUUCCUUGUCGGCAUGAUGGGGAGUAUGUUUGCCUUCACCGGUGCCGAUGCCGCCGUCCAUAUGAGCGAGGAAAUCCAUAACGCUGCCCGAGUGGUGCCUCAAUCCAUCAUCGCCUCGGCCUUUGUCAAUGGCGCCCUGGGUUUUGGCAUGAUCCUGUCCACCCUGUACACCAUGACCAACUUCGAAGAGGCAAUUGAUUCACCGACUGGCUACCCCUUUAUGCAGAUCUUCUACAUGGCCACGGGCUCCAAAGCUGGAAGCACCGUCAUGUCGGCCAUUGUGCCCAUCAUCUCGGCCGCUGGCGCGGUGGGAUCGCUGGCCUCGUCGUCGCGAAUGGUAUGGUCGUUCUCCCGCGACCGUGGUCUUCCGGGCUGGAGGUUUUUCAGCCAGGUCAACUCCCAAGCCAUCCCACGCUACUCCAUCCUCGUCGUCACCGUCUUCGCCAUCCUCCUUGGUCUGAUUAUCCUGGGCUCCGAGGCCGUGCUGAACGACGUCAUCUCGCUGUGUGUGAGUGCACUGUACAGCUCGUACUUUAUCUCUGCCUCCCUGUUGUUGUGGAAGCGAUGCGCCGGCGGGAUCCGUCCCGCAGGCGACCACCCUAUCGAUGUGAUCGUCAACACCCCCGGUGCCCCCCUGGCCUGGGGCCCGUUCUACGUCCCUGGGCUCCUGGGGAUUGCCGUCAACGCCUUCAGUGUCGCCUAUCUGUUCAUCGGCGUGUUCUUCAGUUUCUGGCCUGACGUGGUCGACCCGACCAUCAACACCAUGAACUGGGCGGUGGUUGGCACGGCCGGUACGUGCUGCAUCAGUAGCAUCUAUUACUUCGUGUGGGGACACCGGAUAUACACCGGUCCCAUUGUGGAGAUCGAGAUGAAUUGAGGACGUGGUGCGUGGGUGGAAAUAUACUAUAUAUACUAUACCUCUUGGAAGUCGCGAGGAAGGAGCAUAUAAAAGUGUUAAUUAUGCCUGUAUGUGUG